UUCUAAUAGGAAUCCUGUACACAUUCCUUAAAGGGUUAGUUCACCCAAAAAUGUCAAAAGUCCUUAAAGGGAUAGUUCACCCAAAAAUGAAAAUUCUCUCAUCAUUUACUCACCCUCAUGCCAUCUAAGAUGUGUAUGACUUUCUUUCUUCUGCUGAAAACAAAGAAAGAUUUUUAGAAGAAUAUUUCAGCUCUGUAGGUCCAUACAAUGCAAGUGAAUGGUGAUCAGGCCUUUGAAGCUCCAAAAAGCAGUUCAAGUCAGCAUAAACAUAAUCCAUCAGACUCCAGUGGUUUAAUACAUGUCUUGUGAAGCGAUCCAGUUGGUUUUGGGUGAGAACAGACCAACCAAUCACUGUACAUCUUGACACCAGCAGUCUCCUUGGCGAUCAUGAUUUUAAGCUCGAUUACACUUUGUACAGCACACCUCUGCGCAUGCAUCAAGCACUAGGAACUGUAAUCGAGCUUGAAAUCAUAUCGGGUGCGACUCGAUCAGCUCCUUAGUUCAGUAGUCAGGGCACUGAUCAGGGAGUCGGAUAAUUUAAGGACUGUCUCAAUCGCAAAAUCAUUCCAGGACACUGAAACAUUCGCUCCCUAAAAAAAUCACACAAUGCACCGUAAAAACCAGGAAGCCAGGAAGCAUCAUGGCUCACUAUGUUCCCUUGAAAAAAAGUCAUACACAUCUUGAUGGCAUUAGAAUUUUCAUUAUUGGGUGAACUAUCCCUUUAAGGACUUUUGACUAAUUAAAAAUAAAAGAAAUGUUUCCAAUUCAGCCUAAUAAGCACAUUUGUUUAAUUUGGUCACUGAAGCACAGCGUCCACCCUUAUCCAUUGACAAGGCCUAUUAGACUAUCAGCACUAAUGGUUUUGCUUAUAAUCUGUUGAUAUAUAUUCAUAAGAAAAGCAUUAGAGACAAUACACAAAGACAACUCUUCUCAGCACACCGGGCAUUAAUAAAGCAGUAUUUCGAUCAAAAGGUCUAUUACCAAAACACUGUGCUGCGCCCUUGGCAAAAUCGCAAAUAAUUGGAUGUUUAGGUCCAUCUAGUGGUUCAUAUUGGAAAAUAGGUUAGUCAAACUAGUCACCAGGCAAACAAGACCGAAAUUAAUGUUUAACAUAUUGUAUUAUGAAUGUAAAUGGGUUUCGGGGUUCUAGAACCGCAUUUAAAAUAACAUUUAAUUUGUGUCAAAGUAGAUACAGGUGACACUGAAAUUUUAUAAACACAUCAAUAAAAACUACAUUUCCCUGCACCGUUCACUUUAAAGUGACGGCAAAGUGUCGUAAAUCACCCGCUCUGCUGUACGGCACACAGUAGGCCAGUGUGGAGUGAAUUGAGUAAUGGCUGGAACAGACACGAGAUAGUGCUCGAACUUUUCAUUAUUCCUAAAUUUUUUAGGUAUCAGCAGCCGAACGGACGCCUUUAUUUGUCGUCGUUCGCUGUGAGAGGCUGAUUCCGACCCUAUUUUCCUGUCAUCAUAUUAACUGUAUGCAGUGGAAUGGCUGAAGUGCCGCCUGGGCCUAACGCACUGCCUUCAUCCCCGAGCGACAUCACAGCACUGCCGGUGGACGGAUGCACCUUACUGGGGAACGAUGAGGGAUUGGAUAUCAUCACCCCCGGCCCGGGACCACACCAGCACGCCGGCGAUCAUAAAGCGAUAGUCAAAUCCAACCAGAACAACGUGCAUCCCAAUGCGUCAGGCGCCCAGUUCUACUCAGCUCAGAUGAACGGGGUCCAGUACAACCACGCUCACCUCCAGAAUCACGUCCAGCACCGGCCGUCCUACAAUCAAAGCGGCGCUUCUGAUCAUCACCUGGAUGGCAUCGGCGAAACACAUGGCGAUCACACGGAAAACAACAAUUUAACCAGAAAUAAACGUUGUAAUGAUAUAUCGCAGUGCCAGUCGCCGCCGAACAACGGGAUAGACUGCACUGCUAGUAUGGCGAUCACGGAGAGCAGUUCUUGUCAGCUGGAGAAUGAUGCGAGGAGCAGGACUGGUUCGGUGGAGAAGGGUCGAGCGGCACAUGAGUCAGGCCCGGGCCCGCACGGCGCUCGAGUAGAGCAGCAGGCGGCGGCGGAUGACAGCGCUCCGGUGGCGGAGAUGUCGAGACUCGCGCUGAAGGAGAACGACGAGUCCAUCCGAUACGUGAGAUACGAGUCUGAGCUCCAAAUGCCCGAUAUUAUCCGCCUCAUAACGAAAGACUUGUCUGAGCCCUACUCCAUAUACACCUAUAGGUACUUUAUUCACAACUGGCCUCAGCUCUGCUUUCUGGCGAUGGUCGAGAAGGACUGUGUUGGUGCCAUUGUCUGUAAGUUAGACAUGCAUAAGAAGAUGUUUCGUCGCGGAUACAUCGCCAUGCUCGCCGUGGACUCCAAAUUUCGCAGGAAAAGCAUUGGCACCAACCUUGUGAAAAAGGCCAUCUAUGCCAUGGUGGAGGGGGAUUGUGAUGAGGUGGUGCUAGAGACGGAGAUCACCAACAAAUCAGCCCUGAAACUUUAUGAGAACCUGGGCUUUGUCAGGGACAAGCGGUUGUUUAGAUAUUAUUUAAACGGAGUGGACGCACUUCGACUCAAACUCUGGCUUCGCUAAAUCAAACUAAUGGGUUCCUCGACUCUUUCUCCAUCCCUUUCACCUCCUUUUCCUCCACCCCAGGCCUCUUUUGGCUCAGAUCACAUGACUUACCCUCAGUAGAAAGACGCUUGACCUCAGCUGAGCCACAAAGGAGAAACUCUGGGUGAAAAUUCAACAAAUCAUAAUAAAGUGUUUUACAAACAUUUUGUGCAAAAGACAAAGAGGUUAUUGCAAAAAAUAUACGAAGUUGGGUACUACUAUUACAAUAACACUGAAGAGGAAAAUGGUGGCUUGGGCACUCAGGUGCCGAUAGCCGGACUGAAGACCUCUGUGUAUUUGCGACGGGCUGGGAAAAAUGGGUUGAUGGCAUCAGCGGAAAAAAGCAAACAGUGCACCACACCUCUGAUGUUGAAUUUUUUACAAACAAUCACAAACCGAGAGAUGAAAAUGUGUGUUCAAACCGACUCAACGAAACUACUCAAAUCAAUCUUUUUUGUUUUAUUAUUAUUUUCCUUCUAAAAGAGGGUGCACGGGAGCACUGCAGGUUAUUGUGUUGGAGCCUGCUGCUUUGUGUUGUUUUUGUGCAUUCAGGGGUCUGCGGUUUAGUUUGUGUUUAUUUUAUAUUUUGAAAGACACUGAGCAGGGCUCUGUCCGCUUUAGAAGUCUGACAAGAAAUGACAAAAUAGUGUACACAGCAACACAUUAACAAUGCGGACAGUAAGUCAAUCGUAUUAGCUCGCUCACAAUAUGCCAUAUUGGUUUAUGUGGAUUGUGAUUUUUUUUUUUUUUUUUUUUUUUUUUUUGUGUUUGAAGGCAGUUGUUGGAUUCCAUUUUAUGCUACUUAACACAAAUUAAGUCAUCUCAGCAAAUGACAACUUGGCCGGACACUUGUUUGAGAGUGUUUUGUGACAAAUGAAAAAUUUGGGAAGUGGGUGUUCCCAAAAUGAAGUGUUCCCCACUUUUCUUUUUUUCAUAUAUUUUUUUUUUUUUACCACAGCCUUUAUAAUUGUAGUGUAUUUUAUUGAAUUUAAUGAAUGAUAACAAGGAUCUGGAACCAUGAAUAUGAGACAGUGAAUAGAUUACCAUUUCCAUUAAUAUUACUGAUACGAUUGCAUUGAUUGCAAAAGUAGCUCUGGACAUCUCUGCCACAUAUUUAGUCACUCAGAUAUGCUAAAUCAAGACAAAGGAACCUCAAACAGAUGCACUUCUCAUUUUUGCACUGAUUAAAUAGGGGGUUUUUGCUUGGUAAAAUUCCCUUGUCUGCCACUGCCUUAGUUAAACCGUAGAGGGCAGGAUACAGAACUCACCAGCCAAUUUACUCUAGUCUAUUGGACUCAUGUGGAUGGUUAAGUUUUAAGUCAUGAAACAGAUUAAUUAUAUGCAAGACUACAUUGUUUAGACAUGUUUUAAAUUUUUGUGUGUAAGUGAGGUUCUGGAUGUUUAUGUUUUUAGCAGAUUGUUUAACAGUGUGAAGUGGCAGGUUGUACCAUCACCCACAAUGUAAAGUAUGUAAGUGUUUUUGUCAAGAUAUUCUGAAUUUUCUUUGUUCACAUUUUCAUUGCCAAUGGACCUUAGGGUAGGCGCCUUAUUUGAUUUUCCGCAAAUGAAAAAGAAGGCUGUUAGAAAUAGACGUACAGUCUCUUCAGUCGGUUGCACUGUACCUUGUCAAUCGUUUAGCUGAUUUGACGUUGAAUAUACAUCUACAAAAACUCUGGAAAUCUAGGCAUGACAUAGGACCUUAAAGGAAUAGUUCACCCAAAAAUGAAAAUUCUCUCAUCAUUCAUCCCAUGCCAUCACAGAUGUGCAUGACUCUCUUUCUUCAGUAGAACACAAUGAAGAUUUUUAGAAGUAGAUAGAGC